AUGGAGAUACUGUCAUGUAUACUGCGGCGGCUGCGCAAUUUAGGCUCGGGAGAUAAGGAGAGGAAGGGUAUUGGAUUGGCUGACAGCAUUCUCCUUCAGGUGCUUGAAUUCAGAAUCAGGGAUCAAAGCGUAAGCAAGCCAGACAUGAUCUCGUCCCCAGACGUGUCGAAGACCGGGAAGAAAGGACCGGACGAGGCCUCGAACAGUGAUGAUGAUGACAUGAGCGUGAUUCGCCCUCCGUCCCCUGCGAUUGACACUGCUCCUACCCCUCUCGUAGCUACCAUCUCUAUGUCUGCGCGUCCGUCGUCCCUCAACCCCACCGCAGCCCGUGCACGCGUCCCCUCGCCCCUCGCGUCCUCCGGCCUGCCACGACCACCACGAAACGUGAUGAAUGCGCCAUCAUUCCCCGUCUCCCGCCCUCUCCGUCCCUUCCCGUCCAUUGCCAACACUCUCCCUGGCACACUGGCACGGACGGGCGGCCCUGGUGCGAAGAAGGCCAUAAAAAUAAUCGAGCCUCCCGCGGACUUCAAGUGCGAAUUCGUGCUCAAUCUCACACAAGCCGAAUUCAGCAGGCAGGACUGA